CCUACCUUUUUAUGAAAAAAAAAUUUUGUGCAGCACAGUUGGCAGCACUAAAAUUGCUUCAGUACUUUCUGAAUUAAAUGUAUAGUUUAUGAUUCAUUGCUGUGUAUCCUGAGACGAGAAAACUUGAACUGCUUGUUACGAAAAUUUGAGGCAAGAACCAUUAAGCCUUUUACCUGUGCAGAUCGCAAUAUCUACUGUUAGUAGUAAGAAACUCAACUGGAAGAAUGCAAUCUCGUGUAGUGGACAUAAAGAGCGACGAUGUUUUGGUAAAUAUAGAGAGUAAUCCCCUGGAACUCGAUUAUAAUUUAAAUCACUGCCAAUCUGUACACAAAACUGAUGAAGGCUGGAAACUCGUACCAGGAACUAAUGCACACGAAUUAUUUCAUGGUUCUCUGGAAAAUCCAUACAGAUUGUAUGAGAUUCAUGGCCACAUGGUAGGAGAUUCAUGCCUGGAAUCAUGCCGUAGGCACUCUGUAGAUGGGAAAGAGUAUGCCGGAGAGCUGCAUUUUGUUCAUUAUGACCCUCAUUUGAGCUUCUCACCCAAUAAAUUAAACAAGUACGUUCCAGACCGUAGGGCUAUAGUUUGUAUUCUUCUAGAGGAAGGAAAAGUAAACAACGAAUUAUCAAAAUUUACGAACGAACUGUCAGAACUUAGCUAUAGAGUUACGAAAAUAGGCUUCAACGAUGAUGUUAAUCCAACCUACUUACUCCCAGAAAAACUUGAUUUCUGGAUGUACAAGGAAGAGACAGGAGAGGGGAUGAAGAAAGAAUAUCUAACAUGGAUAAUUUUUAAAAAUCCCAUUGAGGCAUCAAAAGAGCAGAUCAAUGCAAUGCGCUCUCCUUACGGACGAGCAAGUGGACCCGGCAGUGCAAUUCAGCCUCAAAGCAAAAGGACAAUCACCGAAGGUCAAGCUGCCUUCAAACGUUGUUCUGUGGGUAAAGAGUAAAUGUUCUGUGGAUAUGCUUUCAUGUUUUUAGACCAUUUUAGAUUUUAGAACUUUUGAAUUUUAAUGCAAAAAUUUUACCUCUAUGUAAUUUUUUAAUAAACUUUUACUGCCUAUUAUUGAAA